AUGACACAACGGCUGGACGAGACGGCCGCUGAAUUGGAGCGUUUCGUUGCCGAGCUCGAUCGUGGAUGGAAGAGAUCGCUGAGCUCGCCUGCGCUUGGCCCUAUAAAUAGUCAAGCCCCCAGCUACAACCCCGCAGAAUUGGCCGAGCUGACCCGUCUGACGCGUGAGGAGCAAAUGUACAGACAAAAGGCUGAGCGUUUGACGGAAGAGCUGGAAGCACAGCGUAGUCGGCGUCACGGGUAUAUCCCUUCCGCUGCGCCGGCACUACAAAAGAACGUGGACAGGUUCACCGGGCUGUUGAACGAGUACGGACGAGACGACAACAUCCCCCUCACAAUUCCAGACGGU